AUAAACAUGCGUUCAUUUCCCUUUGUAUUUGACGAUAAGGAUUAUUGGAACAAGGAUUGAAGAUAGUAUGGCUUGCAGAUUUCACCUUGCUCUGACGCUUCUGAUGUGUGUCUUCGGGGCGGCAAUAUCAGGUGAUCCGAAUGACGGUUGUCCCUCUGAAGGUUCGCUGACGGAGACACUGCUGAACCUAGACAAUAUGAAUCCUGAAAUCAUACAGGCUGAGCUUAAACUUUGCCUCAAGUCAAAAGAUAAACAAGUCAGAAAAGCAGCUAAUACCGUAAAGAAAAAGAGAAUAUUGAGAAAAUGUAUCAAAACUGUUGAAAAACUUGUGAAGGUAUAUGACAAAGUUCCAAAUAUCCUAGAUCCGUUGAAGAAAUGUCUGAACAAAAUUGUUGAAGAAUUACAGGGCACGACAACCACAACUGAAACAAUGAUGAUUAAUGGCCCAUGUGAUAAUCUUGAAGCAGAAGGAGGAAACGUUACAAUAGACUGGGCGUACCGGAUGUACGAGCCUAAAUGUGUAUGCAAUGGUACAGUCAUACGAUUCGAAUGGGGAGGUAACCACAAUGUGGUUGUAUUGAAGAAUAGAAAAGAGUUUGACGAUUGUGAUGUUGGGGAUGAUGUCGAUCCAGACUACACAUUUGUAGCAGAAUACACGCUAGACAAGGUGAAAACAUAUUACUUUGCGUGUGGUGUGAGCAUGCAUUGUCAAAUAGGAGGACAGAAGAUAGAAAUUCAAGUAAU